GCAUUCUUGUUGCUUGACACAUUCUUAGAAGAAACAGAACGCUAAAGCUUCCUCCUUUGCCAAAAAUGGGUCAAGUACUCGGUUGCGUUCGUGUCCAAGAACCAAAUGUGGCUAUUAUGGAAAAGUACGGUGGCUUUAAGAAUGCGCUUAAGCCUGGAUGUCACUAUGUGCCAUGGUGCUGUGGGUGCAACAUAGUUGGAAGAGUACCACUUAGCCUGCAACCACUUGAUAUUCGAUGUGAAACUCAGACCAAGGAUAAUGUGUCUGUCACUGUACAUGCAUCUGUUCAAUACCGAUACGGUGCCUUGGAAGGCUGUUAUAAAGAGAAAGCAAAGAAUGCUUUCUAUAAUAUCACCAGUGCCAAGACAAAAAUCCGAGUCCGUAUUGUGGAAGGUAUCGGGGAAAUAGUGCCAAAACGUGACCUGGAAGAUGCUAUUGAAAAGAAGAACGAAAUUUCAAGUGAAGUUGAAAAAGAGCUCAGACUGCACAUGAAUGACGACGGGUAUGAAAUUCACUCACUUAUCAUUGAUAUAGAACCUGAUGUGAAAGUGAAGAGAGAAAUGGAUGAUGAGUAUGCAGAGCUGGUCAAAUAUACACUUUCACUCGAACUCAAAUUUUUGGGCGAUGUCGAGGGUAAGUACUUAAUUACGCAACUCGAUUUAUUGACGGCCCUACCUGGGACCUGUCACUUUCCUGGAAUUGGAAAUCAACCAGGGGUUAGUAGAUGAAGGAGAUUGAUGCAUCGUUGAAGUCUUCAUCUGUUCUCAUCACACCUGGUCCUGGAACCAACAGGAACAUAUCAAUCAGCACAGAUUCAUGAUUAGCUUCUUCAAGUAAAUAUUUGUUCACAACUGGGGGAACAAUUGCUCUGGAUUCACUUAAGAAAAGCUGGGCACCACAUAAGGUUUACCUGAGGGCAAUCUGGUUGGGUGCUGGAAAAGGGAAAAGCAUAACAGAUCCACCAUUACCUUUUAGAGACAAAACUAAUUAAUACCAUCAGUU